AUGGCGUGUUUGAUACUUGUUCUCCUAGCUGUCUUGUCAGCAACAUAUGCCACCACAGAGAUUGAGAAGCGAGUCAUAGGAGGUUCCAAUGUUGUGUCGGGGAAUUAUGCGUAUGUUGGAAGCCUGCAGCAGUUCCUUGACGGCGCGUGGACACACAUAUGUGGUGUUACCAGAAGAGCCUCGUCCUUGUUUGUGUCUGCAGGACACUGCACGAAUGGAAGUGACGCCAGUACCUUCAGGGUUGUAUUCGAUACUGUAGAUCUGACGGAUCUCUCGCCACCGGCGCAGAUAACAUCGAUAUCAUCAAUCUAUGUGAUUGGAUCUUUCACCCAGAAUGGCCCAGGUUACAGGCUUGACUACACGGAGUUAACAGUGCUCAACAGCAACAUCACCGCUCAUGGCGCGCAGGACAUCAUCCUAUCUAACUUAACCGCAUUGAACCUAACUGGCCAACAAUGCAUCAUCGUGGGCUUCGGAGAAGGCAGCGUGUUGAUGGAGAAAAGCGUCACUGUCAUCAGCACGGCAGAGUGUAUACAGCGACUGUCUGGAUCUGGCGCAAUGAUCACUGAGACGGAAGAGAUCUGUAUCGACGGUCACUCCAUCACAGCAGGUGACAGUGGAGCCCCCCUAGUAUGUGGAGGGGAGUAUGUCGGCCUCGCCUCCUGGAGCUAUACACCAUGUCCAGGAACAAGCGUCUUUCUGAGACUCAGCAGUCCGAUUCUCGACGACUAA